AUGCAUUUCUCACCCACAUUCCAACUGCUCGCGGCUGCGCUGCUCGUCGAGGGUACACCUGUCAUCCAGCAGGUCGACCGCCGCCAGGUCACCUCGGCGCUGGCCUCGGCUACUUCUGCGAUUGGCUCCGCCGUCGUCUCCGCCGUGUCUGCCGAGUUCACUUCCGUCACCGGAUCCGCGGCUUCGACCUCGAGCUCGUCGAUGAGUUCCGACACCACCUCCAGCUUGUCUUCGAGCAUGACUUCGGCAGCUGCGAACAUGACCUCGUCGAUGGCGACGACGACGAGCAGCCCCUCGUUCUCGAUCGUGACGCCCACGUCCGGCCCCAAGCCGACCCUCAUCAAGCCCAGCGGUGGUCAGGGUUUCAACUCGACUCCCACGUACCAGGCGAAGAGCGACUAUGACUACCAGAGUCUGAACUUGGGUCUUCACCAGGAGCUCAUCGAGCUUGACCUGUUCCACCACGGCCUGGCGCUCUUCAGCGCCGAUGACUUCCAGAACGCCGGCAUCGGCCCGGAGGAGCAGUAUCUUCUUCAGUUCAUGGCGGAGCAAGAGGAGGGCCACGCGCAGCUCGUUGCCAACAUGAUGGGAUUCGAGGGUAACUGGACUGGCCCUGAGCCAACAUACCAAUGCCAGUACAACUACCCGAACUUCACCUCCGUCCGCGACUUCAUCGAGUUCUCGCGUCUCAUCACGCGUUUCGGUGAGGGCGGUACGAUCGGGUUCCUCGGGCACAUGGACGCGCAGGACUCGGCGUCGCUCAUCAACGACGCUAUUCAGACGGAAGGUCGCCAACAGAUGGUCUUCCGUCAGUUCUCCGGUCUGUUCCCUAUGCCCUUCUGGUUCACGACGAGCAUCACUCAGAGCAUGCAGUGGACGCUUCUCGCGCCCUACAUCGCUUCUUGCCCUGCCUCUUCGCCCGAGGUCGAGUGGACCGCGUUCCCGACGCUCGAGAUCGACAACAACCCCAACUGGCCCGACCUCAACAACCAAGCCGCGAUCUCUAAGAAUGAGACGAUGGUCACCUAUCCUGGCCGUCAGGUCAACUUCACCUGGCACGACGCCGGCGAGAAGACCGGCUGGAACGCGUCGUACGAGACGAAGUCGUACGCCGACGGCAAGCCGAAGUAUGUCGCCUGGAUCAGCCAGCUCAACACGACGUACACGCCUUUGACUGUCAACAACGGCUCGAACAACACGGGUUACACCAUUCAGCCGUUCGACUCGGUCUAUGGCGCUGGCACGACUCCGUUGCUUAACGGCACGGUGUACUGCUUGAUCACAGAUGCUGCUAUUCCCGUCACGCCGUACAACUUGUCGCUCAUUGAGGGCCAUGUCCUUGCUGGCCCCGCGCUCUACAACAUCGGCUAA